UUAAGCAAGCUCUUCUUUUCUGUAUCUAACACAUUAUAUAUACCUCUCCUCUGUUAACCCUACCAUCACUCACAAAUAUUCAUUCAUACACAACUAUCUUUCUCUCUCUCUCUCUUUUCCUUUCAAUCUGAUAUAAGAAAAGAAAAAUGGGUGUUCCUUGUAAUGCGUUAUGCAUGGCUGUUCUGGUGAUGGGUUCUUUGUUCAUGGUUUCCUCAGCUGGUAACUUCUUUGAGGAUUUUGAUAUAACAUGGGGUGAUAGGAGAGCUAAGAUAUUCAAUGGAGGCCAGAUGCUUUCUUUGUCACUAGACAAGGUUUCUGGGUCUGGCUUUCAGUCCAAGAAAGAGUACUUGUUUGGGAGGAUUGAUAUGCAGCUUAAACUUGUGGCUGGUAACUCUGCUGGCACUGUCACUGCCUACUAUUUAUCUUCUCAAGGGCCAACACAUGAUGAGAUCGACUUCGAGUUCUUGGGAAACCUAAGUGGUGACCCUUACAUUUUGCACACCAACGUGUUCACUCGAGGCCAAGGAAACAGGGAACAGCAAUUCUACCUCUGGUUUGACCCCACAAGAAACUUCCACACUUACUCCAUCAUCUGGAAGCCCCAGCACAUCAUAUUCUUGGUUGACAAUACUCCCAUCAGGGUGUUCAAAAAUGCUGAAUCAAUUGGUGUCCCAUUCCCAAAGAACCAGCCGAUGAGGAUUUACUCUAGCCUCUGGAAUGCUGAUGACUGGGCUACAAGAGGUGGAUUGGUGAAAACUGACUGGACGAAAGCACCCUUUACAGCAUAUUACAGAAACUUCAAUGCCAAUGUCUAUUCUCAGUCUUCCGAUUCAUUCUCUGACAGUGAUUUGGAAACCAAUGAACUUGAUGCUCCUAGCAGAAGAAGACUUAGAUGGGUUCAAAAAUAUUUCAUGAUUUAUAAUUACUGCAGUGACUUGAAACGUUUCCCACAAGGCCUUCCUGCAGAAUGUAGACGCUGAUCAAGAUUCUGAGACAUGAACUAUGAAUGCAGUUCCAUUAUAGCUUUGUGAUAUAGUCUUUGUGGUUUAAGAUUCUUUACUCGGAAUUCCUCUGUUAUUCAGGUUUAUUCAGCUUGGUGCCUGAGGGGUGAAAAUAAGUUAUAUUCUUUGUUUCUUGUUCUUUAGUAUUCUCACCUUGUGAGAUUGUUCAUGGCUGUAAAUUCUAUUUCAAAAAAUAAACUUUCUUGUUUGAGUUUUGUAUUAUUAAACAAAA